AUGGUCAAAACUACAAAUGGGACUCCCAAUCUCGUAUCUCCCGGUGACCUGUUCACUGAGAUUCGUUCUUCAGAAAUGGCCAAAUUCCAGACUGAAUUGGCUCAACUCGAGACAGAAAAGAAGGAGUUAGUCCGAAGCCUAGAAGACACCCAACGAUCGCUGGAACUCGCUACGAGUGAGGUGUCAAACAAACAGGAGCGUAUCAAUGGUCUGUUGGCCCAGCUGGAUGCCAUAAUGUCGGUCAAGUCGGAGGCCGAUUCCGAAUUCGAGGCCAAGGAAGCAGAACUGGGCUCUUUGGGUGACGUCAGUGGAAUCCAUGGAAAGGAUGCAAUGGCCGACUCAUCAUUGUCUUUGCUUAUGCACUUGGAUGACAAUGUUGAUGAGGCCAUAAAGUCCCAACCUGCCUACAAGCGUCUCCGCAAGGCACUACGAUUAAGCGAGAACCGGUAUUCGGUCGCCUUACGUCAAAUAGGCAGCAUGCAACACGAUUUGUGGCGUUACCACGAGCGAGAUAAGUUGGACGCUCGACCGGAUUUGGCGACUGAGGAAGGAUUGAAAAAGGAGGUAUUGCAGCUACAAGCCAGCUUGGACCAGCGUGCUGAAGAAAUCAAAAAUUUACAGAAUUUGUUGACAACUCGCCAGAUGUCGAUUGAAGCAAUGGAGAAGCAAGUAAUUGCUUGUUCCAAGGAUAUCCGACGAGUUGUUGUCUGUUUAUUGGACAGCUAUACUAUGGUCUGUUCGACAAUGAAGGAGGAUCCACCUAAACAU